CCAGGCGAGCGUUUUCCAUUACGUUUGCGUACUACCGUAGGGAUCUCACUCACGUGUGCGGCCGACGGACCGUGUGAGGAGAGCUGCUGGGCAUUCAUCACCGUCGCCUGAUUUAAUUCCCCACAGAAAAGAGAAGGAGAGAAAUCAGGUCUGGAAGGAAAGAAGGAGAUGAGUAGCAAAGGGAAGAACUUCCGUCGUAGAGCCGAAGAAGACGAAGACAUCAAUGGAGAAGACAGCAACACCCAAUCCCACCCUAACGGCACCAAGGCCAAGAAGCCUCCUCCACAACAACAACAACAACAACCACAACGAAACCGCCACAAUCAUCAAGCCCCCAAACUCCUCAGCUUUGCCGCAGACGAAGAAGACGACGAAAACGAUUCUCCUACAACCGCUACAGUCCAUCGCCGCAGAGACAGAGACAGGUCCCAUUCUCGUCCGAGCAAGCCGUCAUCGUCUGGCUUCCCUCCUUCCUCUUCCCACCAACACAAGAUCACCUCCUCCAAGGACCGCCGGCCCCUCUCCUCGACCGCAGGUUCCACACCUUCCAACGUCCAACCCCAGGCCGGUGAGUACACCACAGAAAAGCUCCGCGAGCUGCAGAAGAACACCCGCACCCUCGCUAGCUCCAAGCCCUCCUCCGCAACCAAAUCCCUGGAGCCGGUUGUCGUCUUGAAGGGCCUCCUCAAGCCCACCUCCCCUCCUACGCCACCACUCACCUUGGAAGAUGAAGAAGUAGCAGCAUCUGAAGAGGUAGUAUUGGACCACAGAAGAAGGAAUUUGGAGAGAGACAAGGAUGAUGCAGAGUCCCGGCUAGCUACAAUGGGUCUCGGCAAAUCUACUAAGGAUUCUCUGAUACCUGAUCAGGCCACCAUCAAUGCCAUCCGAGCCAAGAGGGAGCGGCUCCGGCAGUCGCGAGCGCCUGAUUACAUCUCCUUGGAUGGGGGCACUAACCAACAGGGGUUAAGCGAUGAUGAGCCUGAAUUCGAAGGUAGAAUUGCAUUGCUUGGGGAGAAGACAGAUGGUGCGACGAAGGGUAUAUUCGAAAGCUUUGAUAGUGGGAGGAUGGCGGCUGAGGCCAGGACGAGGGUGGAUGAUGAGGAUGAGGAGGACGAGGAGGAUAAGAUUUGGGAAGAGGAGCAGUUUCGGAAGGGGUUGGGAAAGAGAAUGGACGAUGGUUCAAACCGAGGGGGUCACAGCAUCCCAGCAGUCCAGCCUCUACAGCCGCAACCUUCUGUUGUCUACCCAGGGAAUGUGUAUCAGAUGGCAUCUCAUGUCUCAAGUACGGGGACUGUCGGUGUCUCACGGAGUGCUGAGGUCAUGUCCAUAUCUCAGCAGGCUGAGGUCGCCACACGAGCUUUACAAGAGAGCGUUAGGCGGCUCAAGGAAACUCAUGGCAGAACCAUGUCUUCAAUUGCAAGAACUGAUGAGAGUUUGUCUGCAUCACUAUUGAAUAUCACUGCUCUUGAAAAGUCUCUAUCAGCUGCUGGUGAGAAGUUCGUUUUCAUGCAAAAGCUUCGUGACUUUGUUUCUGUUAUAUGUGCCUUUUUACAGGAUAAAGCUCCUUACAUAGAAGAACUUGAAGAGCAAAUGCAGAAGCUUCAUGAAGAACGUGCAUCAGCUAUUGUAGAAAGACGGGCUGCUGAUAUUGCUGAUGAAAUGACAGAAGUGGAAGCAGCUGUGAACGCAGCAAUGCCAAUAUUCAGUAAAGGUGGUGGUACGACAGCGGUUGCUGCUGCCGCCACGGCGGCACAGGCUGCAUCUUUGGCGGCAAGAGAACAAUCAAAUUUACCAGUUCAAUUAGAUGAGUUUGGUAGAGAUGUGAACCAGCAGAAACGCAUGGAUUUGAUCCGAAGGUCUGAGGCGCGAAAACGCCGUAGGGCUCGAUCCGAGUCGAAGAGACUGUCAUCUACUGGUGAUGACAGUGCAUAUCGAGUAGAAGGAGAGUCGAGCACUGAUGAGAGCGAAAGUGAGAGUAGCUCUUACCAGUCUAACCGUGACGUGCUGCUGCAAACCGCUGAACAAGUUUUCAGUGAUGCAGCUGAUGAGUAUUCUGAACUUUCCAUUGUCAAAGAAAGGCUUGAGAAAUGGAAGAAAUAUUAUUCAUCUAGCUACCGUGAUGCUUAUAUGUCUCUAAGUGCACCUGCUAUCUUCUCCCCUUAUGUGAGAUUGGAGCUUCUAAAAUGGGACCCACUCUAUGAAGCUGCCGAUUUCAAUGAUAUGCAAUGGCAUUCUCUACUGUUCAAUUAUGGUUUACCAGAAGAUGGAAGUGACUUCAAUCUAGAUGAUGCUGAUGCUAACCUUAUUCCUGAACUUGUGGAAAAGGUUGCUCUUCCCAUUCUGCAUCACGAAAUUGCUCAUUGCUGGGAUAUGCUCAGUACAAGAGGGACAAAAAAUGCAGUUUCUGCUACGAAAUUGGUUAUUAGUUACAUUCCAGCUUCCAGUGAAGCUCUACAGGAAUUGUUGGCUGCUGUCCGCAACCGUCUAGCUGAUGCCGUUGAUAACCUUUCUGUCCCAACUUGGAACAGUCUUGUCAUGAAGGUUGUGCCAAAUGCAGGACGGACCGCCGCAUAUCGCUUUGGAAUGUCUGUUCGUUUGUUGAAAAAUAUUUGCUAUUGGAAAGAUAUCCUUGCACUCCCAAUUCUCGAGCAGCUUGUUCUUGAUGAACUUUUAAGUGGAAAAGUUCUGCCUCACAUUCGAAGUGUCACACCCAAUAUCCAUGAUGCAAUUACGAGGACAGAGAGGGUCAUUGCGUCAUUAUCAGGGGUUUGGUCUGGCCCUAGUGUCACAGGGGGGCACAGUCAGAAGUUGCAACCGCUGGUGGAGCACAUAGCAACAUUAGGAAAGACUUUGGAGAAGCGGCAUGCUUCAGGUGCGAAUAGUGAUACUGAGAUAAGUGGGCUUGCUCGGCGCUUGAAGAAGAUGCUCGUUGAGCUCAAUGAAUAUGACAAAGCCAGGGCAGUCUUGAGGACCUUUCAGCUUAAAGAGGCGCUUUAGGUUUACUUCAUGCGCAGGUCCCGCAAGAUGAACCAUCCAGAUUGAUACGCCAAUCUGCGGCAUGUACUGGGAGAGCUCUGCCAUAGUCAGGUUCCACUAAAAUCCACCAUAGUGUUGGCCCAUUGGAGGAAAGGCCAAAGUGAACUCUCUUGAGUGAGAAGGAUUUAUGACUUUAGAACUGGUGUGCCGAACUACCAAACAUGGGGAAAUUAAUCAAGUGCAGUCCACCAAGAACAUGUUGUGCGGCAGUUUUAGACUGGUCCACUCAUCACGCAGACGACGCUUAUGGAAACUACGUCCAUGAAGUCUCUAACCAUCAUCCAAUUCUGCACCACCUAGCCCGCCCCCGAAUCUGCUCAAUGGGAACUAUGUCCGUGAUGUCCCAUCUGAUGGAUAUGCAUGCUUGUGGAGAAUCCAAGUCUAUGAUUGUUAAUCCGAUUUUGGGCGUGUCAUCAAUAUACAAUGUGUCGUCAUUUGGACAGUUUACACCACAAACAUGGACAUGGAGGGCACAAUUGGAAACGAAAAUUUUGUAGGCAUAAAAGAAUCAGUUGCCACAUGCAACUGUCCGUCUGUGAUCAUCAUCUAAAAUAUUUGGCCUUCUCUUGGUUGAAUGUGGAUGGUGGUCAGGUUCUCUUUCUUAGCUGUACCUUUGUUUAGCUAUGUAAUGGAAGUAAGGAUUUUUCCAUCUGGGACAUUUCUGGGAUAUUUUUACUAGAUAAAUGAUACACUGUCAGACCCAGGUUUGGAUUAUUGAAUGUCUGAACUGAAAGUCCAAAUGCUGUACAAUCUGUUGGCCUAAACACUAUGUUAGCUUAUAGAAUUACAGGGGCAUGGAUGUUGGCACACCUUAACUGUGGUUCCAUGGGCACGAUCCUAUAGAGUUUUCAGUCACUGCUGCAUCAAACAGAACUAUUUCUAGUGUCUGCAUUUAGGACCUUCAUCAGAUUAUUUAUAAAUCACGUGAUAUGCGGAUUUAUAUAUAGA